AUUUGCUUAAAAAUAAAUGUUUCGAAGAAUAUGCGAGUACAUUCAAAGAAAAAAUAUGAAUUCAGAAUUUGCUAUAGUUAAAAUUUUGAAACGAUAAAAACCAUGAAAAAAAACAAAUUUAUUGCAAUACUCACUGAAAGCGUUCGAAGAAUAUCGAGUUCAUAGCAGAAGAAGACAAAGAAGCACGAGAAAUGUUUUUGAAAAGUCAUUUCUGUUGAAGUUCGAAAAAGUGUAAUUAUAUAAGCGAAAACAUUUAGUGUAAUUAGCAUAAAGAAAUGCGACUCAUAGCUGUAUCAGUAUGCUGCGGCUUAUCUGUUCUCGUGUUCGUAUGUCUCAGUGUGGGUACGUUUACAAACGGCUGGUGGGGUACUAAGAAAGGUGAAAGCGAAAAAAACUACAAAGCAGGCUUGUGGUACCAGUGUAUGCCGAAAUGUAUAACGUAUAAAGAACUGUUUGACGAUAGAGGAAUUAAUAGUCCCGCAGUUUCAAAAGAGACGCGCGACAAAUUCGAAGAUUGGAAGGACGAAUCAAAGAAGAAACUGUACAGCAUUCGCGCAUGCGCGUUAAUUAGCUUAGUCACUUCAUUGUUCACCUUAAUUCUCAUCAGUGCACUUGUUUUCUUGAUAUUGCGACGCACAUCUGUGCAAAUAGCAUGGUGGUUGAAGCUAAUUACUGCUAUGUGCAGUAUAGUUACAACACUGUGUUCUCUGGUCGCUUGUAUCCUAGCAACCGAUGUUGACUCGAUUUAUCAUCACGUGAUAAAACUAAAAGGAUCAUGGUUAUGCAUGAUUAUAGCGUGUGUGACGUCAUUUAUCGUUGAGCUAUGUCUUCUGGUUACAUUUUAUUUAAAAAGCAAGCAACAAGCCGCUGAAUCCAAUCCUUCAACUACACAAUUAUCUACAUUAAAUCCAGUGAGAGGAGACAGGUCUCCUCCAUUUGUGAUACCCACACACCAUACUCCGUAUCAUAUAUAUCCAUAUGCUCAAUAUUAUGCAGACGAAAAGGAUCCGCAAAGUGUAGACAGAUAUUUAACACCAACGGAGGAGAACGCAAACUACAUAAGUAACUUGAGCGACUUCAGUAGUGACCAGUAUGCAGAAUUAUCUCUCGAUAUCGGUGCAGUUGAUGCUAAUAAGUCACUGAGUUACGAAAAUUUGACACACAGUUAUGACCAGAUCCCAACUCCACGCAGUUAAGACGAUAUUUAAAUUCCAAUUUUACCAACCUCGUCCGUAGGGCCUUUUUCCGAGUUUUCUGGAGAGAGUGCCAAAAUUUGUAACAGGCAAAACGCUUACUGAUAAAGAGCAUUAUGGAUUGUAAUGUCGAAAUAUACCACGUAUGCAAGCAAAAAGUCGUUAUUUUCAGAUGUAGCGAGACUUUUAUUUCUAUGACCAAUAAAGUUAUGUAAAUUUUUAAACCAAUCGUGUUAGGAAAGUAUUGAAUAUACAUAAUUGAAUAUACAUUUAAUUAAAA